AUGGUUUUCCUACCUAGAAUUGGCCUCCAUGCCCUCAGUGAUAUAGAGGUGAUCCGUCGUUUCCGGCUCAAUAAAGUUUCUAUUGAGAGACUCUAUAUGGAAAUCAAGGAUUCUCUUAAACAACUCACUUCGAGGACUAGGGCAAUCCCUGAGAUGGUGAAGUUACUAUCGGUCCUUUAUUUCUUGGCAAUUGGAUCCUGCCAAGCUGUUAUAAAUCUAGCCAUUGGUAUGAUCCAGGCAACCUUCUCAAGUCAUCUAAAGGAGGUUCUUAAUGUCUUACACCAACAGCUAGUCCAUCAUGUCCAUUUACCAAAAACACCAGAGGAGUGGCAUAAUGUAAAGCUUCAGUUCUACAAACUUGAUGGGAUUCCAAAAAUAUUGGGGGCGAUAGAUUGCACACAUGUAUUGGUGCAGUCUCCCAAGGGAAGAGAGGAGCCAUAUUGGGACAGGAAGCAGUGGCGUCACUUGGGUUGGUGUCACCCGGUGGGGGAGAUUCUGGUAAAUUCAUGUAUUCCGUGGCUGUUUACACCCGUCAAUAACCCAAAUGCAGAAGAACAAGUGUGCUACAAUGAGGUUCACAUCUCCACAAGAUGUAUGAUAGAGUGUACAUUUGGUGUAUUGAAAUGCUGUUUCCGCUGUUUGGACAGCUCUGGCAGAGUUCUUCAAUAUGCCCCCCAAAAAGUCUCAUUCUUAUUCCUAAUAUGCUGUAUGCUACACAACAUUACCAUUACCAUGAAUAAUAUAGAUCUUGAGAACUUGGAUGUCCCCGAGUAUGAUGAUCAUUUUGCACCGUUACAGCAAAAUAAUGCAAGGAGAGUCCAAGAUCGAGCUAACUAUAUUCAGGAAUUUUUUGGCCAAUAA